UAGCAGGUGCAUUCUGACUUGUGUGUCCUCCCAUGUGCAGUCAAGAACAGGAAAACGCUGUCGUCUGUUCUUCUCUCACUUGUGAGAGGCAGUAAUGCAGAGAUGCACGUCGACCGGUUCGCUUGUAUUAUUGUAUUUCUGUCCUUUUCUCCAACAUUUUCCUGCUUUCACACCAAAGAUGGGGGGAAAAGCAACUUUUGCAUCAAAGACAGAAUCCUGGUAAUACAGACAGUGAUGUCAGAUGCUGUCAAUGCUUCCAUCAGCUGCCCAGAUCUGAAACUGAAGGAGAAUGCUCGCAUUGUGCUAUAUAAAGACACCGAGCUGCAUUUUACAGAUUUCCAAAAGACUCAAGUAACAAACACCACAAAUGAAAAGCAAAGAUUUCAUGUUCAUGUUACGAAUGAAACUGUAGAUUAUAUAAUAGACAUGCCUCAAGUCAGUGACACAGGCUUGUACAACUGCACAGUAGCACAUGGAGACAUUUCCAAAACAACCUAUGCUUAUCUUCUUGUUAAAGACUCAAGUCUUCAGUCCUGUACGGAUGCGGGACACUCAGUGUCUUGGAUACUGCUUGCUGUAGGCUGCGGGUUAAUGACUUUGUAUAAUAUUAUCACCACAAUUGUCAGCUGCUCCUUUGCUUGGAAACUCCAGCAUCAGGAUACAUACUACAAUGACUACUUCAACACAAGGCCGGGAGAGUUCUCAAGAGUCAAAUAAGUUCAGCAUUAGCUCCAGCUCCCAUCCAUAACACUUUAUCUAUAACUGACCACAAAUAAUAAAAACAUUCCUGAGUCCUGAUCAUCUAAGUGCCAUUUUAAAUAUUUGUAUAAUUUAUUAAAAUACUUUGUGAAUAUGGAUGUAUUCUGCAAACUGUUCAAUAAAACAUAAUGUGUCAAUUUGACCGGCUGUGUAUUUUCUC